UUUGUAUCGAUCUGUGAGGCUGUCUGUAAACCUGCAACCGUAAUUCAGGAGCUUUGUUGGUAUUUCAUUUAACAUGCUUGAAAGGGUGGUUUAUUCAGAUACUGGAUAUUUGAUAGCUGUGAAGACUGGAAUAAUGUCAAAUAUCUGAAUUUAAAGUAAGGAUCUCCGACCCAGAUUUGACGGUUGAUCACAAAGAUUGACAAUGUCUGACAUUCUAGUGGUGUUACCGCCUUUGACGGCUGACGGUUCGGUAAUCUUCGCCAAGAACUCGGAUCGACCGCCGACCGAAGUACAAGAAGUCGUGUAUGUUCCGCCAGCCAGUCAUGAACAGGGAACCAAAUUACACUGUACUUUCAUCGAGGUGGACCAGAUCCCAGAGACGCGAGGGGUGAUCCUAAGCAAGCCGGCCUGGUGCUGGGGAGCCGAGAUGGGAGCAAAUGACCGAGGUGUUUGUAUAGGUAACACCGCCGUUUGGACACGCCUCUGUAGGCCCGGGGACCACGAGGAAAAACUGAUUGGAAUGGACCUGGUCAGACUUGGCCUAGAGAGAAGUAGUACAGCAGGUGAGGCUAUUGACGUCAUAUCUGGUCUCUUGGUGACGCACGGACAAGGUGGCAUCUGCAGUGAGGACCACAACUUCGGACAGUGGACAUAUCAUAACUCAUUUGUGAUCGCAGACAGGCAGGAAGCCUGGCUUCUGGAGACGGCUGAUAAAAUGUGGGCCGCUAAGAAAGUAACGAAUGGUGUUCUAGCAGUAUCUAGUAGUCUUACCAUAGGCACAGAUGCGGAUAUGACGUCACUCGAUCUUAGCUCACAAGCGCAAAAUAGCGGAUACUGGAAAGCAGACGACGGCGAGCUCAACUUCGCUAAGGCUUUCUCCGCCGAUUAUCCUGGAAUAUCACUCUCUGAAAAACAAACUCCCGGACACAGAUUAAACUUUGUUCAAGACAGCCUACAUAGUGUAAAAGAAAAGAUAAACAUCAACCAUGUAUUUAAAAUUCUACGGAACGAAGAAAGCAGCGUCAAUUUCGUUGGCGAGUUGCUUACUGUGGGUAGUCAAGUGUCAGUACUUGCUCCACCCACCUCCAACCAGCCUUGCUGUCAUUGGUUCACGGGCACACCAAACGCCAACGUGUCAAUCUUUAAACCCUUCGUCUUUUGUGACUCCCCGAACAUCGGUAGGUGGACUGUCUCGUCCACUUUUAGCGACACACCACGUGCUUCUUUCCAGACGACCAUAGACCGACGGCACACACUUUAUCGCGCGCAUGAGAAAGGUCGAGAGUUGAUGGAGACAGGAAGUCCCGCUGGUGUUCAGCUGCACGCGACAUUGAGGCGGUUGGAAGCUCAGUGUGUACGAGAGGUUAUGGAGUUUGUGAAAACGUACCGAGAGUCGGACAUGAGUGAAGUGCGAGAUCUGUUCAGUGAUAUUGCUGAGUCGGAAAUAAAGUUUUACUCAUGACACAAUACUAUCUUGGAGUUCGCUUUGAGUUAAUUUGUGUUUAUCGAUGUUGUGGUUAUAUUUCCAAAGCGCACUAACAACAUUACAACUAUUGUUUAUUAAUGUUGACCACAACAUAUUAACCAGUCCUCAUACAUACCGCUAAUAGUUUCCUCAUAUGCACAAAAUAAACACUGCAUAUACCAGUGAAAAACAUGCCAAUUAAAAAUAAAUACUGAUAUUUCUGUAAAAAAAACAUUGGUAUGUUGUUUUGAAUUCAUGACAUGUAAGCCUUGGCUAAAAAAAAGUAAGGCAAGAAAAGCCCAUGUAAAUAACUAUAGAGGUAUAACCCUUGAAAGUUGUUUUUUUCUGAAAUAUUCACUGGAAUUAUUAAUAACCGUAAAUCUAAUUGGGUUGAACAAAACAACAUUCUAAGUGAUGCACAAAAUGGCUUUAGAAAAGGUAGAUCAACAGUUGAUGCUAUAUUUGUACUGAAUGCUAUUGUUAGCAAAAUUAUAAAUGAAAAUAAACGUCUAGCAUGUGCAUUUAUUGAUUUUAAAAAGGCAUUUGAUAGUAUAUAUAGAAAUGGGCUAUGGCUUAAGUUAUAUAAUAUGAGAAUUCGUGGUAAGGUCUUAAAUAUUGUGUGGGAUAUGUAUAGUAAAGUGCGAGCACAAAUAAGAGGUUGUAACUCUUUUUCUGAUUUUUUUAAUGUUCCAUUGGUUUGAAACAAGGUGAAGUUAUGUCCCCGAUAUUAUUUUCAUUAUUUUUAGAUGAUUUAGAAUUGUACCUGAUGGAUACUGUUAGUUAAGGCAUAAGUUUAGAAGAAAUAUGUUUUAUUUUGAUGUUAUUUGCUGAUGACAUGGUUAUAAUGAGUAAUUCGCCUGCAGAUUUGCAAAAUAGUUUAGACUUAAUGUGUGAAUAUUGUAAAACAUGGGGACUCGAGGUCCAUCCAGCUAAAAGUAAAAUUGUUGUUUUUCGUAAACGCGGACCCAUACGUAAUGAUGAAACGUGGUUUUUCAAUAAUGUUCCACUCUAUACUGUUGAUAAUUUUAAUUAUUUGGGAACGGUGUUCAACUAUACAGGUAGUUUUGUUUUAAAUCAUGCUACAAUAGUUGGAAAAGGCAUAAAAGCGCUCAAUGUGCUUAGAUGUAACAUAAAAGAUUUGUAUUUAAAACCUAGUACAAUAUGUCAGCUUUUUGAUGCUUUUGUUACUUCAAUCCUUAACUAAUCUUGUGAAGUGUGGGGUUUUGGUAAAAACAAACAGUUGGAGAGAAUCCAUCUCGAAUUUUGCAAAUCAUUACUGCAUGUUAAGCAGUCUUCUUCAACAAUUGCUGUUUACGCGGAAGUACAUAGAUUUCCACUUUUUAUUAAUAGACAUGUACGAAUUAUUCAAUAUUGGUGUAAUAUUGUAAAUAGCAAUAACAUAAUUGUAAAAACAUUGUAUACAGCAUUAAUAUCUGAUACAGACAAGGGAAAAAAACAACUGGACUACAAAUGUUAAAACUCUGUUAGAAAAUGCUGGAUAUGCAAAUGUUUGGUUAAACCCAUUAUGUAUAUUUAAAGAAUCCUUGUUUAAGUUGGUAAAAUAUAAUUUUGAAUAUGCAACUUAUCUUGAUUGUAUACCAUUCAAGUACCGUAUAAGUUUCACCAAACUCAGACUGUCAUCGCAUCCCUUAAGAAUUGAAUCUGGUCGUUACGUAAAUAACCGUGUAGCCCAUAAUCAAAGAUAUUGUUUUUUAUUUGUAACUCAGGCGAUAUUGAGGACGAGUUCCAUUUUGUUUGUGUAUGUAGUGCUUAUAUUAAUUUGCGCCUGAAAUAUUUAAAUAAAAAAUACUAUACAAUACCUAGUAUGAUCAAAUGUGUUGAUUUGUUACAGUCAAAUACUAAGAAAGGUCAGCUAAGAUUGUGUAAAUAUAUAUUUGAAGCAUUUAUUUUACGUAAGAAUAUUGUCAAAUAAAUUGUUUAGCAUUCUAUUUAUAAUUGUUAAUUGAGUUGUCACUUUUCAUUUUUAAACUUUGUAUAUAUACACUGUACUUCAUAAAGUCUACCCUCUCGAUACUAUUUCUUACUUUACAUUCAUGAUUUAACAAAUUACUGUGUAUAGUAAUUAAAUAACCAUCUUGUUGUGAUACAACCUUAAUGAUAUAUGUUAUAUUAUUAUCUAUUUUUGUUCUUCUUUCUUUUUCACGUUUUAUUCUAAAAAUUAUUCACGUUGAUCAUAUGUUUGUUUAACUCAUAAUAUCAUGUAACGAGAAGCAUGUAUAUGUUUAAGUUACUUUAAUAAAUAUUUUGAAUCUUGAAUCUUGAAUCUUAAAGAGCAGUGAACUAUCAAAACUUUAAUUUAAGUACAUUUUGGAUGAUACGAUCUUUUAUGCUUGUUGUAUGGGUACCAUAUUAUAAAGAUAAAAUGUAGUGCAUUUGU